AUGUUGACCAGCGUUCUCUCCUUCACGCCCGAGAUGGCAGCCACCGUUACCGAGUACUGCACCAACGUCUCGGAUGACGUUUCCGGCAACAUGAACGAGCUCUGGGACUGGACUUGCACCCAGUUCGAGGACGCCGACAAGAUGUCCUCGCCUCUCCAGGGCGCCACCAUGAAGUUCCUGGCUUCGCUCCUGAAGCCCAAGCGCAUCCUCGAGAUCGGCUGCUUCACCGGCUACAGCGCCAUGGCGUGGCACGAGGCGACUGGGUCGCUCCAGUCCGAGAUCAUCACGCUCGAGCUGGACCCCAAGAUGAUCGCGGCGUCCCGGCGCACCUUUGACAAGUACGGUCUCAACGACCGCGUCAAGUUGAUCGAGGGCCCCGCGGGCGACAGCAUCCCCCGGCUGACGGGCCAGUUCGACCUGAUCUUCGUCGACGCCAACAAGGACGGCUACCAGGACUACGUCACCAAGAUCCUCGACCGGAACCUUCUCAGCCCGAACGGACUGAUCCUAUGCGACAACAUCUUCGCGCGCGGCAUGACCAUCUCGACCGAGUCGAACCCGCAGCUGCCCGACAAGGUGCGCCCGUACUGGACGGCUAACGGCAAGGCCCUGGACCGCUUCAACCGGUUCUGCAAGGCCGAUCCCCGCGUCGACUCGAUCCUGCUGCCCGUGUACGACGGCCUGACGCUGAUCAAGUGGAAGGACGUCGCCGGCGGCUCCAACGGCUUCAUCAACUGA